AAUGCCCCGCCUGGCUACUUUAUCGCACUACAAUGUUCCUGGAGACACCCCUCCAAGAUCACCGUGCAGUCCCUCCAGCAGUCCCACAGCAGGGAUUUCAUCGAGGAGCGUCAGUCCUUCUUCACCACGUUCUCCAUUGUCUGCUCCAAGACAUAGCGCCUUCUCCCUAGUAUAUCCCAAAGACCUUCAACGGACCAAAAAUUAUUUAACAGUUAAUGGAAUGAGUGCCUUAAUGUACGCAAACUCUAUGAACCCUUUAGUAACGUCUCCUUAUCCUCCUUAUAUGUGGCAUCCGAUUCCAGGAUUGUUCCUACCCUAUUCUCCUGCCAAUCGUCCUGAAUCGUUGAGUCCAGACCGUGCCACUUCGCUGGAUCAAGGAUGUAUUCCAGAACAUGCCAAAGUUG